CACUCUUUUCUUCCCUCCACUCACUCGCUGUUUCAGCUCUUCCGGUUCUUCAACCGAGUACAUUCUUUUUCACGAACACAGUCAAUCCCUCCCAAGACUACAGUCUUUACAAACGAGAAAAGAGAUCCUAUCUCUCUGUCAGUCCUUCGACGUCAUCUAUAUAUCCAAUCUCUACACAAAAAUUCAAACAAAGCACCUUCAAUUCCACCCACAUCCAUCAAAAUGCGUGUCGCUUCCGCUGCUGUCGUUGCCUCCCUGGCUGCCGGUGCCAUUGCUACCGAGUACAAGACCGUCUAUGUCACCGAGUACACCACCGUUUGCCCUAAGGCCACUUCUCUGGCCACUGGUCCUGGUGCCGGUUCUGGCUCGGGUGCCCAGACUACCCCGGCUGCUGCUCAGCCUACCACCGUCACCAUCUCCGGCACCCCCUACACCUACUCCACUCCCCUGGUUACCUCGACUGUGACCCACUGUGACAAGUGCUCCGCUACUGCCGUCCCUGCCACCUCCACCCCCGAAGGUGCCGCUGCUGUCGGUACCGGUGCCUCCCCCAGUGAGGCUCCUGGCUCUGGCUCUGGCUCCGGCUCUGGUGCCUCUCCUAGCGGUGCCGCCACUGGCUCUGGCUCCGGCUCUUCCCCCAGCGGCGCCGCUGCUGUCGGUACCGGUCCCUCCCCCAGUGAGGCCGCCUCUGGAUCCGGCUCUGGAUCCGGCUCCGGCUCCUCCCCCAGCGGUGCUGCCGCUGGUUCCGGAGCUGGUUCCCCCGGUGCUUCCGCUGGUCCCAGCGGAGCCGGUGCCAUUGGAAUCGGCGCCACCACUCCGGUCGUCUCUUACACCCCGGUCCCCACCCCUAGUGGCUUCCACCCCUCUUCUCGCCCUCUGAUCCCCAGCAGCAAGCCCGCCUCCUCCAAGCUCGUUGCUUCCUCCAGCGCCACCCCCGCUACCUCUAGCCCCGCCCCUGCUAGCUCUUCCAGCUCCAGCUCCAGCUCCGGCUCCUCUGCUACCUCCCCCGAGGGUGUCUCCGCCGCUGGCACUGGCUCUGGCUCCGCCACCACUCCCUCCGCCCCUGUCUUCACUGGCGCCGCUACCCGCGCCGCGGCCGGUGCUGGUGCCGGAUUGGCCUCCGUCUUCGCUCUCGUCGCCUUCCUUCUGUAAAUGAAUUGACUUGAGUGAGUGUGUGUGUGACCUGGAAUCAGAUCUAUAGAGGCAUGUAGAAGGCCCCUUCUGACUUUCGGGACUUCUAUCUAUACCAUGCGAGAAUCUACUGGAUACUAGCGAAUCAGUGGAGGUAAAUGAUCGGAUGGGUGGUUUCCUUUGUUUGUGUCGAUACUUUUUACCUUUUUUUCUUUUACGACUCGACUGACAAAUAACUUAUUGUGUGCUUUAUACCUUAUUGGAAUCUUCUGACGUCUAUGGUUUUUCUCUUCUUUUAUUUAUAUUCAUCUAUGGCUUCGCAUCGCUUGGCUUCCGGUUGUUCAUGUCCUCGCUUUUCUAUUGUCUAUAACUUUAAUGUUUUGAGUCACGUCUCUGAAGCAAUUCAGAUACAGAUACAUACAUAUGUUCAACUUAUAGUAUUUGCGUAUAUUCAUUCAAUAGAUACAUAAAUCUCAUUCGUGC